AUCUACUUUCUUCCAAUCGAGGGAAAGAUGACAUUCGGUACACUCGGCUGUACUUCCUAAUCACAGGGCACCCGGCACCUAGCUGUCAGUGUACCUCAGUGCUCAAUAGAAAGAUUCAUGACAACAUUCCUCCAUCCAUCUGCAAGUCGUUACUCAGACGUACCCACCUCUGACGCAAUAUAAUUGCAUUUAAUGCAGUCCAUGUCCUUACUGCGUAUUGACCGCGGCCACGCGUCAAACCGGCAUUGUCGGCAACCUUGUAGUGCCCUUUUAAAACCGCUCCUUCAUUCAACAGUCAUGCACCUCACAGAAAUUUCUGAUGUCGUUCGGCGUCUCUCCGCGAUCUAUAUCCAAAACGGUAUCCCCCCGAUGCGAAAGUUCACACUACCCCCACCAUUAACACCGUGCCGUGCCCAAGAAAAGAAGUACCUACGCGUGCACCAUGGAUGCGCCCGUCGCAGGACCGACGUAGCGCGCAGACUUGCGAACUUACACGGAACACGUCGGACCUCGGACUUGAUUCCUUCGUGUGAGCUUCGAGACAGCGUCAAAACAGGUAACAGCCAUGCAGCGCGCUGUGAGUCGCCAGUCGGGCCGGCUCAGCAUUGUGCUCACUUGCGCUCAGGAAGACUCUCAUCUCCGACCACACCACGUACCUGAGUAGUCCUCGCUGCUACGUUGCUAGCUCUGGCAGAAUAGUCAUUGGUGCUGAGUCCGGUAGCAGCACCUACUGUCAAGACUUCUUGGUGCAAAAGUGCCCUGCCGACGCUUCGCGAGACGGGGCGAGCGAGUAGUUCAGGAGGAGUUCACUCCGCAACACUAGAUAGGCACGGAGACUAACGGGCAAGUGUAGACCCGCGUAUUGCACAUUGUCGGUAUUAUGGCUCC